AUGGUGGCCCCCACUGCUCUCAAGAAAUCUUCUGAUAAUGCAGCUAACAACUCCAGUUCCACUACAAAUACUGCUUCUACUGCAAGCAGAAUUAUAGGGAUCGAUAACACAAAAUCUCUUGAAAAUGAUGAUGACGACGACGACGAUAUUUUAUUAGAUCAAGAUAUGGAACAACAAAAUACAGAACUACAGAAUUUAGAACAAGACAUAGUACAAAAAAAAAAGGAAGUUAAGGGCAUCAUAUUUGAUGAGCAAGGCAAACCAAAGUUUGGUUCUGCAAAUGAUGCCAAGAACACGAAGAUUAAAUUAGAGAGUAGGAAAGUUCCAGUUCCACCACAUAGAAUGACUCCCUUGAGAAACAAUUGGACCAAAAUAUAUCCUCCAUUAGUUGACCAUUUGAAACUACAAGUUAGAAUGAAUCUAAAAACAAAGACUGUUGAAUUAAGAACACAUCCAAAACAUACUGUAGACCCUGGUGCUUUACAGAAGGGUGCUGAUUUCAUCAAAGCUUUCACUUUAGGUUUCGAUUUGGAUGAUGCCAUUGCUCUAUUAAGAUUAGAUGAUUUAUAUAUUGAGACUUUUGAAAUUAAAGAUGUUAAGACUUUGACUGGUAAUCAUUUAGCAAGAGCCAUCGGUCGUAUUGCUGGUAAAGAUGGUAAGACCAAAUUUGCUAUUGAAAAUGCAACAAGAACUAGAAUCGUUUUAGCUGAUAGUAAAAUACAUAUACUUGGUGGAUUCACCCAUAUUAGAAUGGCUAGAGAGGCUGUGGUCAGUUUGAUUCUUGGGUCCCCACCAGGUAAAGUUUAUGGUAAUUUACGUAUUGUCGCAUCUAGAUUAAAAGAACGCUAUUAA